AUGUCGGACCUAGAGAUAAACUUUGAAAAGUCCACAAUUAUUCCGAUAAAUUACGAUGAGCAAAUGACGCAUAGUCUGAAGGUUGCAAUGAGAUGUAGUGUGGGUUCUCUGUUCAUAUCGUAUCUUGGCAUUCCGCUAGGGGCGAAUCCAAAAAGAAUAAGUACAUGGAAGUCGCUGAUUAACAAGAUUGAGAAGAAGUUAAGUUCAUGGAAGGAUGUCAAAGGAGGUGGAGAAGAAGAUAAUUUCAAUGCAAUCCUAGUUCUUUUGGGGAAGCAACAAGACAAGAGAGUUAUGCCAACUACAAAGUGGAGCACUAUACAGAAGCCAAAGAAGCAUGGAAGGCUAGGAGUAGGUGACAUGGCAAUGAAAAAUGCUGCAAUGCUUUUUAAAUGGUGGUAG